GAGGAAAAACACAAGGGUCUGAGUCUGGAUCCUCAGAGGAAUCAUCACCUUCAUCUUUCUCCAAAUCCAAAUCCAAAUCAAGAACAGCAACAACAUCACAAUUAUGUAGCGGAGCACUCCUCCAAUGUGCAAUUUCACCAGCUUUUCCACCAGAACCAGCUCCUCUACGGCGGCGCCGCCCGACUAGACUCCAAUCCCCCGCCGCCGCAGCAGCCCAGGAAGAGGGCGCCGCCGCCGGAGGAGGAGGAGCAUGCGAGAUUGCGGGGGAAGGUGGGGGAGAGCAGCAGCCGCCAGCAGCAGAGGGUGUUAGGGGAGGUGGUGGAGGUGCAGGGCGGCCACAUUGUCCGCGCCACCGGCCGGAAAGACCGCCACAGCAAAGUCUGCACGGCGAAGGGACCCAGAGACCGGCGAGUCCGCCUCGCCGCCCACACGGCCAUCCAAUUCUACGACGUCCAAGACCGCCUCGGCUACGACCGCCCCAGCAAAGCGGUGGAUUGGCUCAUCAAGAAGGCUAAAUCCUCCAUCGACGAGCUCGACCACCUCCCCUCCUGGCACCCCACCGCCGCCGCCGCCCCCUCCCAAGACUCCGACUUUAAGCAAAACCACCCCAAUUCCACCGCUCCCAGCUCCUCCACCAAACCGCCCACCUCCCAAAAUCAAGUCUCCAGCUUCCUCCCUCCGUCCCUAGACUCCGACGCCAUCGCCGACACCAUCAAGUCCUUUUUCCCGGUCGCCGUCGAGCCCAGCCACACCCAAGACCUCCGUCUCUCGCUGCAAUCACUCCAAGAUCCAAUCUUGCACCACACCCAGGCGCCGCCGCCGCGCCAGAUCCUGCUUAGCGGCACCCCAUUGGGAUUCGACGGCGGCAAUUGGGUCGACCAGGCGGCGGAUCUCAGCCGGCUCCAGCGAUUCGCCGACGCUGGAUACUUCUUCAACCCGCCGCCGCCGCUGCCUCAGCAGCUGCUCGGCCACAACCACCAAAUGGUUUCAGUUUCACAGAGGGGACCCCUUCAGUCCAGUAACACGCCUUCAAUCCGUGCUUGGAUCGACCCAACCGUCGACCACCACCCGCCUUUCUUCUCCGGCUACGGCGGAUUCCACAUCCCUGCACGGAUUCAAGGUGAAGAAGAGGAGCACGACGGCUACUCCGACAAGCCGUCCUCUGCCUCCUCCGAUUCCCGCCAUUGACCUCUCUCACUACUCACCUUCACCACACCAAAACCCCCAAGUGAUGGUGGAGGGAGUUUGAGGAGGGCUCGAUGGCGAGGCAACCGCGGCCGUGAGACGAAGAACGAGCCAGGUUUCUCGUUGUUUCCGGUUCGCUACUACUUGAAUUAUUACUAUUGUGUGUGUUGUUUUUAUGUACCAUGCCUGAAUGAGCCACCUGAGCUCCUCACCAGAUUGUUUUGCUUUGUUUUGUUUUGUUCUCCCUUUGCUUUGUGUUGAUGGAUUGACUGACUCUACCUUGUUUAGUUUAAUCCCUUUCUCUGUUGUUAUGUGAUUCAAGAUGUUUGUUUAA